AUGAUCCCUCUAACCAAAUAUAGCCUGCUGUUGGCAGCUCUCUCCCCUCUUACCAUAGCAGACGGGCAAUAUCGCUCGCGACCAGACCUCUCCCCUCCCAAGCUGAACAUCACCAUUCCGGCUCCUGAUGCCAACGGCACGGAGUAUGUCUUUCUCGCGCCAUACUCAGACGAUAUCCAGCAAAGCGGCGCAUACAUCUACCGCAAGAAUGGCGACCUGAUCUGGUCUGGCAUCGGGUACUAUGCAGGGUUCGUCGCUAACUUCCACACCACGACAUACCAGGGUCAAACCGUCCUGCAAGGAUUCCAGGGGACAAUGGACACGUCGCACGGUGAAGGGUUCGGGCAGCAGGUCAUAUUGAACCAGAACUAUGAGCAUGUCGUGACUGCGAAGGCGGGGAAUCAUCGCAUUCCUUCCAUCCACGAGUUCAAUGUCAUCGAUGGGAAGACUGCGCUGGUGGAGGUCUAUCUCCCUACCGUGGCUAAUCUGUCGGCUUAUGGCGGCAACUCGUCGCAGAAGUGGAUUGGUGAUGGUCUUUUCCAGGAAACCGGCGAGCUCGUCUUUGAGUGGAAUGCUCUUGACCACGUUGACCCUGCAGGUUCGUUCCCCAUAUAUCAUCCCCCAUUCAAGCCACGCUUACACAUCCCAGACAGCCUGGUUUCGCUCGGCUCAUCAACCAGCGACAGCGGUCUCUCCUCCAGCUCCACAUGGGACUUCAUCCACCUGAACAGCGUCGACAAAGACAAAGAUGGUAAUUACCUUCUUUCCUCGCGACACUUCAGCACCAUCUUCAAGAUCAACGGCACCGACGGCUCCAUUAUCUGGGAGCUAGGAGGCAAGCACUCCACCUUCAACCACAACUUCACCUUUGGGUACCAGCACCACGCACGGUGGCACUACCAGUCCCCAACGAAAGAGAUAAUCUCCUUCUUCGACAACUCCGGCAAUGGCGAAGUCACCGUCAACAAUGUAUCGCGAGCACUGGUCGUCGAACUGGACCACACUGACGAUACCGCAACUGUUCUCCGCAAAGCGACAGCCCCGUAUGGAAUCCAGGCGGCUUCACAAGGGAACGCGCAGCUGCUGGCCAAUGACAACAUCUUUGUGAAUUGGGGUCAGGCAGGCGCAGUAUCUGAGUAUGAUGCCAACAAUAAGAUUGUUUAUCAUGCUUUCAUUGAGGAGGCGGAGAGCUAUCGUGGGUUCCUCGCUAAUUGGACGGGCACACCGACGGAGGUCCCAGCCAUUGCUGCGUACGUGGAUGCAUCGCAGACUGUCCGGCUGUAUGUUUCUUGGAAUGGUGAUACGGAGACGAAGGGAUGGCGGUUCUAUCAGUCUGAGAAGGGUAAUACGACGUCUCUUGGGGUCGUGCCGCGGAAGUCUUUUGAGACGACUCUGUACUUGAAAAAUGAGCGGGGGUCAAAUGAUGUGAGGUAUUAUGCCGAGGCUGUGGGAGCGGGGAACAAGGUGCUGGCUAAGACGGAUGCUGUUUCUGCCAGGGAGUAUAUCCCGGUUGCUUGA